AUGGAGGCCACGGCCACGGUCAGGGAGGUCCUAAUGAUUGAGGAAGACUGGAGGAUUCCCUUCAUCAACUUCAUCAAGGAAUUUAAGCUUCCACCAGGCAUUGAGGCAAAAAGUGCGCAGGCCACCCGCAUCAUCCGGAGAAGCAAAGGAUUCAUCAUGGUCAGCGACAACUUGUACAAACGCUCUGCCUCGGGUAUCCUCAUGAAGUCUGUCACUCUCGAGGAAGGCAUGGAUAUCCUAAGGGAAAUUCAUGAAGGAGUCUGUGGCAACCAUGCCGCAUCUCGAACACUGGUUGGAAAAGCAUACAAAUCAGGCUUCUUCUAG